AUGGACCACCCAGCAGCAGCACGCAACUCACACAGGCUCUCGCCACCGCACAUUUCCCAUGCAACCCACCUCGAGACCACCUCCCUUCCACAAGCCCCCUGCUACACCAACCAAUACCAGCCCACCCCGGCAUCCUGCCUUCCAGCACCAAUAGCUACAGCGCCAACGUUCGCCCUCCCCUGCGCAGAGGAGCCAUCGCUUGACCGCCUCUCGUCAGACGUAACGGCAGCGGGUCCCAGCGCGCUCUACGCGUUCCUUGUCAGCUGGGCCGCCUCCCAAGGCAACAGCGGGACCAGGCUGUCAGUGCGUGACUUGGCGCAGUUCUUCCAGCGGCAACACGACGACAACGAAGUGUUUGCUCUCCCUGAACUUGAGUCGCACGACCACGCCGACAGCAGCACCUACCUUGCUGGCCCCAUUUCGCCCAGCAGCAGCAGCAACAACAUCAACAGCAACAACAACCCCGCCAACAACCCCGCCUCCGCCAUCACCGCCAUCGCCACGGACCGCAGCGACCUGAACGGCAGCAGCACCCACCACUGCCACAACAGCUUCUACGCUCAAGGCAACGAGUGCGACCACCACGACGACAACGACGACGACGACGACGCAGCAUCGAGCGAGAUGGGGUUUCCACAGGCGCUGCUGCAGGAGGACGGGGUCACCAACUUCUCCGUCGGCGGCGGUGCGAGCAUGCCUGCAACCGAUGACGAGCACGAUUCGGAUGUUGCCGAACACGAGCCCGCGUCCCCACCGCCAGCCAGCACCACCCACGACAACGACGACCACGACCACGACCACAACGACCACAAUGACAACCGCGAUGGUGGCUGCGACUAUGCCGACCGCGGUGGCGUUAUAACCGCGACUUCAACCGCCAUCGCAAGCAGCGGCGCCAGGCACAGCGGAUCGUCGCUGCUGUCGUCUGGACUCGACGACGACGAUGACAGCGGGGCAUACCGCCAGUAUACCAAUGACAUGGACACGUACAUGUGCGACGAUGCCAUGCUCACCCCGGUGCACACGAGCGCGGGCCGGACAACAGCCGCCACGCGCGUGCCGCCUGCGUCUGCCAUGGACCAGCCGUUUCUGCUGCACGGCGGCGGCAAUGCGUGGAUGACCACGACCACGGCCUCGACGACGACGAUGCGGACGACAACGGCGCCGGCCACGUCAUGCAACGCCGUCACGUCGAUGGCGACAGAUGGCAGCAUGCUGGACGCGUUCGGCAGCAGCCCGCAGGGCCGAACCCCAGCUGCUGCUGCCAUCAACAACGAGGCCGACACCAACGACGACGGCAACACCACCAAGGCCAUGGGCAGGGACGUCAACGGUGGAUACAGCGGUAGCGGUGGCAUGAUGGCCAUGGCAUCACCGGGCGGCUUCCCAUCCGACUUGCCCUUGCAUCUGAGCGGAACAACAACCCCCACCGCGCGUGCCGUCACGAGUGCCGGGCCGAUGAUGACGGCGACGACGCUGCCGAGCGAUGUGCCGCCGCUGCAUGGCGGUGUUGCGCCAUCAAGCACGGCAGACAUGAUGCCGCCCAUGAACAUGUAUCUGGGCAACACCAACAACCCGUUCUCCACCAACGAGAACAAUCUCGACUUCCUCACGGACGACCUUGCUGCUGCAGAGUACGGGCAGGGCAUGCCAUCGGCUUCGGGCGCAAACACCGCCGCCACCAUCGCGCCCAGCACAACCGCCGCCACCGCAGGCAUGGGUGGCCUGGUUGGCUUUGAUGCGCCAGACUUUUCCUUCCCCGUGGGUGUGUCCGUAUCCCCACCUGGUGAGCAUGCCAUCCCACCGCACAUGGCAUUUGUGGACAGCGCCGCCACAGCAUCCCAGUUUGCGCAUCGUGCCUGCAGGCAACACCAACACGGCGACGACGACGACGACAACGACGACGACACGGCGUGUGACGGCGAUUGCGACGGCAGCGGUGGCGGCCAAAUGAUGGACGAGCGACACGACCACGAUGACGGUAGCGCCGCCAGUGAUGACGACGAUGGUCAUGGCGGUGGUCAUGGCGAUGGACCGCAGACAAAGCGCGCAAAGAAGACACCCAGCAGCAGCGGCAGCACUGGCAACAGCAAGACGCGCGGCAACAAGAAGCGGGGAACCAACAGCGGCAGUGGCGGUGGCAAGCGCGGUGGCAGCGCCUCCAACAACAGCAGUGGCCACCAGCAGCAGCAGCAGCAGCGCGUUCGUCGCAACGACCCCCGCCGGCUGCUGCAGACGCACAUGCAGACAAUGCCGCGUGAGAGUGUGGUGAAGAUGGCACAGCUCAUUGCCGACCGCCACCCAGCGGCGGUGCAGCCGUGCGCAGAGUCGGCCGUGUUCACCGUCAACUUUGAUGUCAUCCCUGAACCCUCACUGCGACAGCUGCUGCAGAUUGCAAAGAAGGAGCCCAAGCUGCACAAGCUCUCCACAUCGCCGCACAUGGGCCGCAGGAACGCAUCGAAAGUCUGCGACUCGUGCAAGACCACAAAAACGCCCGUGUGGCGCGAGGUGGACAACCGCUACUUCUGCAACGCAUGCGGCCUUCGCUACCACAAGCUCAUGUUCCGUUGCCCGAACCCAAAGUGCCGCUACGUGCCCCACCACGCAGACCUUGGCAAGGAGUGUGGCCGCUGUGGCCUGCAGCUACCGAGCGUGCCUGUCAAGCCCGUCAGGGCCUAA